CGGACGGUUCGUAUCUCUGUCACGAGCGGCAUUCCCCCGCCAAAUCUGCGAAUGCUUCUCCACGCUUCCCCAGACCCCAGACAAGCCACUCAACAGGUAACAGGUUAGUCAAAGACUCGAAGCUUCUCGAGUGGAGCUCAGGUCCUUAGUAUCGUUGUAAAAGCCCAGAAUCAGUCCACUGCAUUCUGAUGGACUGACCCGUUUCAGAAAAUCGUGAUUCUUGCUCGGGCCUAUAUAUUAGAGAUGGCGCCUCUCAAGUUGCAGGGGCUGUCUUUCACUUUUGUACUCCUUGGAGUGGCUUUUCGAGUCAUAGUCCUCCAUCAUGGCGUUCUUCGUGUUCAAGAACUACCGGGUGUACAUCCUGACCUUGGUAGCCUAUCUGGGCUCCUUGCUUUUCGGCUAUGACACAGGUGUGAUGGGCAGUGUCCUUGCUCUUUCGAGCUUUAAAAAGGACUUUGGCCUUCCAACUGGGUCAGACGGUUUCGCGUCCGACAAGAAUGCCCAAGUAUCAUCCAAUGUCGUAUCAUUGUUGACAGCUGGCUGCUUCUUCGGCGCCAUUCUCGCUGCUUACAUCAAUGAUCGAGUGGGCCGUCGGUACUCGCUUAUGAUCUUCUGUGCUGUCUUCCUGGUUGGUGCAGCGGUCCAGGUUGGCUCUCAUCAUGAGAUCGGCAUGAUCUACGGAGGGCGUGUAGUUGCAGGACUGGGAAUUGGAGGCAUGUCCAGUAUCACUCCUGUGUUUGUCAGUGAGAAUGCACCGCCUCAGAUUAGGGGUAGAGUCGCUGGUGCGUUCCAGUUUAUGCUGGUUAUUGGUAGUACUUUUGCCUACUGGCUAGACUACGGCGUUUCCAUCCAUAUCCCUGAAGGCACCAAGCAAUGGCGCAUCCCAGUAGGGAUUCAGCUUAUUCCAGGUGGCUUGAUGUUCGUUGGGCUAUUUUUCCUCAAGGAAUCACCGCGCUGGCUUAUGAAGCAGGGCCGCAGCGAAGAGGCUCUCAAAUCACUUUCCUACAUCCGAAACGAGUCUGAGGACAGUGAAAUAGUGCGACAGGAACUGGCCGAAAUAAAGACAGCGAUCGAUGAAGAGGUCGCAGCCACAGAGGGUGUCACCUGGAGGGAGUGCCUACGCAAGGGAAACCGCUACAGGCUUUUCCUGGCCUUCGUCCUAAUGUUCUGGCAGCAGUUCUCAGGUACCAAUUCGAUCGGUUAUUACGCGCCGCAGAUAUUCCAGACCGUGGGAUUGAGUAAGACUGAUUCUUCGUUGUUCGCUACCGGUAUCUAUGGGACUGUCAAGAUCGUGGCCACGGGCAUUUUUCUCUUGAUUGGUAUUGAUAAAUGGGGACGAAAACCCAGUCUGAUUGGUGGAGCUGCCUGGAUGGCCGCUAUGAUGUUUAUUAUCGGUGCGGUCCUGGCUACACAUCCUCCAAAUGUGGACGCCACGAAUGUUUCUCAUGCGUCAAUUGCAAUGGUGGUAAUGAUCUACCUUUAUGUCAUUGGAUAUUCAGCAUCCUGGGGUCCGACACCUUGGGUUUACCUUGGCGAAAUCUUCCCAACCCGUCUCCGCUCGUAUGGUGUCGGCCUUGGAGCAGCUACUCAAUGGCUUUUUAACUUCGUUAUCACCGAAAUAACUCCCCAUGCCGUCAAUAAGAUUGGCUGGAGGACGUUCCUCAUGUUCGGCAUCUUCUGUCUGGCCAUGGGUGUCUUUGUGAUCAUAUUCUUCAAAGAAACAAAAGGCCGGACCUUGGAAGAGAUGGAUCUUAUCUUUGGUGCUAUCGACGAAGAGCAGAGACGCGCUGAUGUUGAGAGUACUCUACAUAAGAAUGAGGUCAUUCAUACGGAGCACGUUCAGGAGCCUGUUGCGACGAAGUGAUUAGGCGUAAAUGAGCUUCGUGAACACUUAUGUAUGGCUUUUGAGCGUUAUAUUCGCUAUGUAUGUUACAUGUAUUGAAAAUGUUUGUGCUUUUCUUUUUCCCUAUACUUUAACUUUCCAUCUCCAGUCCCAAUUUUUAGGGCGCCCAUCUUGACAUGGUCAGAAAAAAACGAGACCAGUCAAUA